UUUUAUUACGUGUUUUAAUUUCCGAAGCGUGCCACAAGGAGUUUUUAUGGAAAACAUAAAGGGAGUGACUUUUAUUACAUGCAUACAAUGCUUGUGAAUUUAAGCAGCAUUAAAUGCCAUGUUUUAUUUGUGAUUCCCACUGUCGGCGUUUGGGUUUUUUUGUGGAUCUUAAAAUAGCACUGAAGCGAUACCGGAUGUUUAUAGCAGACGGCGUUUUGUCAAAACUGUCAAAAUGGAAGAAAAAAGAAAACGCAAUCCCAACUUUUCGCUGCAAGAUUCCUUGCUUCUUACCCAAAUAAUGGGAGAGACGCAUCCCGACUUCCAUGAUAUGGACAUGUCUUUCCACAAGGUUGAUAAGGCUAGAUUCAGCAAUCGAAUCAGCAAAGCAACAAAGAAUGCUCUGUGGGUGGCAGUUACUGAAAAUUUCAAUGCCAGAGCCCAGUUUAGAAGGGAGCAAUCCAUUUUGGAGAAAAAAUGGGAAAAUCUACAAAGGGAUCACAGAAAUCUGUACAUGGAUUUUCAAAGAGAAAUUUCAUUGACAGGGCGAGGUCCAAUUGGCAGAACAUUGUCUGUCCUCACAGAGGCAGUAAUUGAUGUUAUUGGAAAGCAGAGUGCGGCAGUUGUUGGGGCAGCAGGAGCAGCAUAUGACUCAACAUUGGCCUCACUUAUGCUUCCUCAACAGUUUGACCUAUGUGACAGUGAAGAAAGAUCAUCAGUAUCGGAUGGUCCAAUCUUCAAUGUAAUGGAUCUUGUUUCAGUAAAACCUUCCCAAAGAGUCCAAUCAUGUUCAACAACAACCAGUACAUUGCCAAGGUAUUAUUAUAACAUUAAUAACAAAUUUAUGUUUUCAAGCUAUAAGCAAUGAUCACUAGUUAUUAAAUUAUUUAUUAAAUUAUUAUAAUUAUGUAACUUCUGUCACAUGACCGUUUUUUUUUCAUUUUUAAUGUCUUUUAAAGACAUUAAACAAUACACUUUACAUGUCCCCCGGCCCCCAAACCAAUAACAUCAGCGAUGGCCUCCGACCCCCAAACUGAUAUUAUCAGCUAUGUUUUCUGGCUCCAAAACCUAUAACAUUAGCUAUGUUCCCUUGCCCUGAAACCUAUAAUAUCAGCUAUGUUCCCCAGCCACCAAUCCUAUAUUAAUCAGCUAUGUCUCAUUCAGCACACAUUUUAUAUACUUGUUUUGUCUUUAUCAGAUGUAAAUGAACACACAUUUUUAAGACUUGUUUUGUCUUUAUCAGAUGUAAAUGAACACACAUUUUUAAGACUUGUUUUGUCUUUAUCAGAUGUAAAUGAUCACACAUU